CUGUAGCUUUCAUCAUCAACGGCGACAAUCAAGGCAUACAUUCUUGCUGUAUUAACCCAUAGAUCCGACCGUAUUUAUGGCAUUAUAAAAGUUACCACUCUAUACACACAUAUCGAGUAUCGUGCGAGCCUGUUAGCUAAUGGAAAUUUAGCAACCUUCAUUUUCCGCUGUACUACGAUAACCAGGUCCUUCGGUCUCACGUCAAAAACUCGCGAAGAGGUCAAAACAAAACCGGCAAGUAAAAGACACAGCGUGUGGAGACACUAGUAAGGUAGCUCCAUGUUCCACGAAAAUGUGUCCGAUGGCUGGUCGGCUCCUCAAAGUCUCCUCUCUGGCUACAGCAGUGUUUGCCUCCUCUGGGUUUUAUCUGUACAACAGACAGCUGGACCUCAAUGACCUGAGUAUUAUCCGCUUCGGACGAGCCGCAGCCACUACGGCGGUCAUCAGCUACGACUAUCUGACUGCUUUCAAACAUGUGAAAUACGGCACAGAGGAAUACUGGGCACUCAAGUCUAAGGUGCAUCGGCGGUCAGCAGAACGUCUUCUAGAUUUGUGCUGUGCCAACCGUGGCACUUUCAUCAAGGUGGGCCAGCACCUUGGUGCUCUGGACUACCUGCUACCUGAGGAGUACACAUCGACACUGAAGGUGCUGCACAGCCGAGCUCCUCAGAGUAGCAUGGAAGAGAUCCAGCAGGUCAUCAGAGAAGACCUCGGCAAGGAGCAGCUGUCAGAGUUAUUUGUCUCCUUUGAAGAAAAGCCUCAGGGUGCAGCCUCCUUAGCCCAGGUCCACAAGGCAGUGCUUCAUGAUGGGAGGACAGUGGCUGUCAAGGUCCAACAUCCUAAAGUUCAGGGACAAAGCUCCAAGGACAUAGUGGUGAUGGAGGUAUUGGUUAGGGUGGUCCAUUGGCUGUUCCCAGACUUUGCCUUCAUGUGGUUGGUGGAAGAGGCCAAAAAGAACAUGCCGCUGGAGCUGGAUUUCCUUAAUGAGGGGCACAAUGCAGAGAAGGUGGCAAACAUACUGGCCCACUACCCCUUUCUCAAGGUUCCCAUAAUCCACUGGGAUCUGUCCACAAAGAGAAUCCUGACCAUGGAGUUUGCUGAGGGGGGGCAGGUCAACGACAGAGACUACAUGAGGAAACAUGGCAUCAGUGUCAAUGAGAUCUCAGAGAACCUGGGUAAGAUGUACAGUGAAAUGAUCUUUGUCCACGGCUUUGUUCACUGUGACCCGCACCCAGGCAACGUGUUGGUCCGAAAGUGUUCCCAGAACAAGAAGACCGAGAUUGUCUUGCUCGAUCACGGCCUUUAUCAGAUUCUGCAACCAGACUUCAGGUUGGACUACUGUCGGCUGUGGCAGGCUCUGAUUAAAGGCAACAUGUCCAAGGUGGAGCGUUACAGCCGCAGACUGGGAGCUGGAGAUCUAUACCCACUGUUCGCCUGCAUGCUCACUGCUCGCUCCUGGACCGCAGUCAAUGCCGGCAUCAGUUCUGUGCCUGUGACUAACUCUGAGGACAUUGAGAUACAGACCAAUGCAGCUCUGUACCUGCCCCAGAUCAGCGAGCUCUUGAAUCGAGUGCCCCGCCAGAUGCUGCUGCUGCUGAAGACCAAUGACUUGCUGAGGGGCAUUGAGACCACCUUACAGACCAGAGCCUCAUCCUCGUCCUUUAUCAACAUGUCCCGCUGCUGCAUACGUGCCAUGGCCAGGCACAAGAGGAAUAAGGCUCAGUCCAGGAGGAGGCAUCUGCAGAUAAAGCUGGCAGAAUCUCUCAGCCUAUGGAGACUCACUAUAUAUGAACUGUUUUUGUGGAUGAAAGGCUCUAUGUUUGUACAUUGGCUCACUGCUCUGCUGGCAUUUCUGUACUGAGGCACCUCUGGACUUUACACUGGAACAUUAACAAAAGGCUGCAACUGUUGGCUCUCACAUGGUUUAUUAUACAUCUGCAUAUUAACACAUUUUAAAUAUGUGCCCCUGCCCACACACACACACACCACAAACACACACACACACACCACAAACACACACACACACACACACACACACACACACACACACACACACACACACGCCCACCCAUCACAAAAAUGAAUACGUUUCACAUGUGUUGAUGACACAAUUUUUAACUCUGGAUAUGUACAAGGACAGGCUGCUGAUGUCUUUAAACACCAGGAGCAGCUGUGGCUGCUGAUAACCUCAACCUUUACUACCUGUCAAGUUGGUCAUGGUGCCAAAACCAAGACCAGGUUUGUCUUAUCGACCAUAUCUGUAAACAUGCACUAUAUAGCUGGAGAUGCUGCCCAGAAGUACUGGGUGCAUGGGUAAACUGUGGUUUGUCAAGACAUAGUUCCAGCACAUAACUUCCCCUAAAACCACAUAUUGUGUUUUUUACAUUUCUGUUUAGUGCAGAUCAGAUUAAUAAAAUGUCUAAUUGUGAGCUAUAGAGGUGGUAUAUUUUAAACAGAAGAGAACAGAGCCAGGCUAGUUCUUUCCCACUUCUUCCACACUUUAUGCUAAACUAACCCUUUCCUGACUCCAGCUCCAUACACAGGCAUGAGAUUGAGAUCUACUCAUCUCACUUUCAGAAAUAAAGCAAAUAAACAUAUUUCCCAAAAUGUUGAACUAUUCAUCUAAGUCACAACCAUGAAAAGAUACUGUUUGAUAUUGCAAUAUAAUAUGAUGUGGGGAUGUAACGUUACACAACAACCUUAUAUUAACUUAUUGAAGCAUACUAUUCUUACUAGAGAUAUGCUUUCUAAACAUAAUUCCAGUAUAAUCCAUUAUCUUGCAGAUUAAUAGAUUCAGUAGUCAUGAUCUUGAUCUUAGUAAUCAUGUACAACUAUUUAACCAGUGCUAGAGUUCUGAAAAACUUGACACUUAUGUAUCAUCUUAAACAUAAUGCCAUAUAAAAAAAGACAGUGAUGUCGCCAUAGAGGUUGGAACAAACAGGUGGAAAGAAAGAAGAGUUAACAACCCUCUAGUCAGUAGCAAGCAGAACUGUAAGUAAGACACCAGAUCAGUUAGUAAUACAGCCAGACAGGUAAUUAAGUCAUCCUCUAAGACAGGUAUCCAGUCCAGGGGCAGAGUGCACUGACAAGCAUGCAAUAGGUGCAGGAAGUCCCAGGAUGCUAUUCACCUUCACCUCCAUUUCAUGACCAAAGAAACAAAGUCAGGCACACCAUGUACCAACAAGGCAGAUGAAAACUAGAUACUAUCCUGAUAUGAAGAAGAUUUCUAUGUAAUAUAAAAGGACUUUUUGAGUUGCAGUUGCUGCGGCGGUGAUCUGAUUCUGUUCCAUCCUGAUAGUGUCUCUGCCUGGAUGAUGUUGGACUACUGAUUCAUUCCUGCUCCUCAAAAAAAUACCUCAGAAUGAAGUUUGCAUCACAUAAUUUUUUGUUGCAGUAUGAGUCAUUUCAUUGUCAUUAUAUAAUGAUGGAUCAUGUUUGCUAUUUCAUUGUUACAGUUGUUUUUAGGUCAAAUAAUGUACACUCAUUCCAUAAGCACACCAGUUUGUAUUGCUGUCAUUAGUUUAAGGUGUUAUUUACUGAAGUAUUGUCACUUGAUUACAAAUAAACUGUUCUUUCGUCUGCUUCUACAUUCCUGCUGGUACUCUCUCAGUUUACCUGUUACUGAGACAAAUUUUGGAGGGUUGUUGCCUCCCAACCCCAGUGUGUGACAUCGUGUGAUUGACUGAUUGGUCUAAAACACUUAUUGUGUGGCUGUCCAGAAAAGCUUCUACUCUGACUCAGUGCAUUAUUUUAAAUCUUCUUUUCUUUCAGAAAGUGGCUUAAAUUCAGCACUUUUGUAACUUGUCAACACAGUUCACCUUGUGAGGUCUUGCUUUUUACACCCAGUGAAGAAAAGCUUUCUGUUGAUUGUUUGGUAGCACAAUUUCAGACCUGACUAUGUAUAAUGUCCCAGUAAACUUAUGACCUGUGGUUUGUUGAUUUGAGUGUCAGUCAGAAGUAUUUUUGCAGUCACAGUGGAAGCUCUUGAAAACUUUCACAAACAUUGAAGGCUUGACUUUAUACCAGUAGUAAAAGGUCUGUUGCUUGGUUACAGUUUCCAAAAAAGGUUUGUGCAUGUG